AUGGCUGAACGCUCCGCUCCCCUUCGUCUAGGCAACAUUGCCCCCAACUUCAAGGCCGACACCACCCAGGGCCCCAUUGACCUGCAUGAGUUCAUUGGCGACAGCUGGGUCGUGCUCUUCUCUCACCCCGAGGACUACACGCCAGUAUGCACCACCGAGCUCGGUGAGAUGGCUCGCCUUCAGCCCGAGUUCACCAAGCGUGGCGUCAAGCUUCUCGGCCUGUCGGCCAACACACUCGGAAGCCACGAGGGAUGGAUUAGCGACAUCAAGGACGUGACGGGCUCCCAGGUCUCCUUCCCCAUCAUUGCCGACAAGGAGCGCAAGGUUGCCUACCUCUACGACAUGAUCGACUACCAAGACACCACCAACGUGGAUGAGAAGGGAAUCGCCUUCACCAUCCGCUCCGUCUUUGUCAUCGACCCCAAGAAGACGAUCCGCACCAUUCUCUCGUACCCGGCUUCGACCGGCCGCAACAGCGCCGAGAUCCUGCGCAUCGUCGACUCGCUCCAGACCGGCGACAAGUACAAGGUCACCACCCCCAUCAACUGGGUUCCCGGUGACGACGUCAUUGUCCACCCCAGCAUCAAGGGCGAGCAGGCCACCCAGCUGUUCCCCAACCUCCGCGCUGUCAAGCCGUACCUCCGCUUCACUGCGCUCCCUUUGGACGCUUGA